AUGGGUUCAAGUCUUCGCAAGCAACGCUCAAGAAGUAAUCAAGAAGAAACAUCUUCUCAACAAGGUCCAAUCUCAUCGUCAUUGAAUAGCAGCCCAACCGACGUAGAAGAUGCAACCAUGAGUGGCUCCAUUCUUUCCCAUAGAAAAGAAUAUGAAUUUUCCCGACAAGUGAUGAGAUCCGUUUUGGAUCAAGUCUUUCGGAAAGGACCUUUCGGUUUCAUUGCGCUUUCGGUUGAAUUGGAAUCCACUGGAGUGGAGAAUCAAGUUGUUCGUUCAACGUUAUCCGAGAAGCAAACAUCAUCUCAACCACAACAGCAUGGUAUUGUGUAUUUAGCAAAUGAAUGUUUGAAAAAUCAGAUGAAAUGUCAAUAUACAUUAUUUACAAUGUUGGCCAGUGGAAAUGAUACAUUUUGCACAAAAUUACAUUAUGAGAAUACUGGUAUGAAUACUUACUUUUGUGAUAUUGUUUUUAUUGUCAAUAACCAUAAUGGCAUUGUUGAGGAUGAUUGGAAGCAAUGUGUUCAUUCAUGCAAGGCGUUACUGGAACAAGUUGAAAGAGAUACCUCACCAAAUUCCAAGGUGGUUUAUAUGACUCCUCAAGCUAUGAGUUUAUGUGGUGUUUUGUCAAACUGUGUUUCAUUGACAUCUCAAUCGCAACAACAAACGAUUCCACAAGUGAGGUUUUCAUUUGGAAAAACCUCGCUACAGGUUGUCCAAUUGUUUUUGACCGCUUUAGAAUUGCAUGCAAUUUGUGAAGAUUAUGUAAUCGAAAAACCAAUGACACAAGCACUGAGAGAAUAUAUUCCCACACCUAUUUAUGAAUUUUCUAAACAACUGAACCACAGUGAAGUUGUAAGCUUAAUCAUGACAAGCAAUCUUUAUAAUGCCAUGAGAUUGCUGGAUUUAUUUUGUGCAAAGUUUGCGGAGCAGAUACGAGGAAAGUCACCAGAACAACUUAGAGAUAUGUUUGGAUUGCAAAAUGAUUUUACCCCUGAGGAAGAGGCGAAAAUAAGAGAAGAAAACAAGUGGACCGAAGAAGCAUAA